GCCACUCCGCCCUGCCUGCUCCGGACUGCUUCAGUGCCUCCGCUAGCUCUCUUUCACAGCGCCUCUUUGAGCGCUACCCCGCCCUCCACCUCCCAAAAUUCCCUACACACCCCCAAACGGCACGCACACGACUAAGAUGGCCGCAAUACAGAACUUUAAGAACUUCCUGCGCCAUGGCAAACAGGCGCGGGGGACCGCCGCCCACGGCGAGCCCACCACCAACGUGUCCAACGUCCACGCACAACAUCAACCCCAGCGCCAUAACAACCACCCAGAGCCCCACCAUGCUGGCAUCAGCGAGCCUGCCAUGCACCAGGCACAGAAGGAGCACGUCGUCGCGCCCCACGGCGACUUCUCCGCCGGCGCCGUCGACAACCGCAACAUCGCCGCAAAGGCCGGCAACGUAGCAGCCGACCGCGCGGGCGACAAGCAGAAGCAGCAGGCCGCUGCCGCUGCUGGCACAAAGAACAGAGAUAUCGACCCCACCGUGCUCGAGCGUAUCGUCGCCGAAGAGCGUGAAGCCAAGGGCAAGCUGCCCAAGUAUCCCGGCCUCGAGCGCUGGACGCUCGUCGAGAAGAUGGGCGACGGCGCCUUCAGCAACGUCUACCGCGCACGCGACAACAACGGCCAACACGGCGAGGUCGCCAUCAAGGUCGUCCGCAAGUUCGAGAUGAACUCCAGCCAGGGCGAUAACCAUAUGCAUCCGGACUUCAAAAAGGCACCAAAAACGGUCGAGAGAGCGAACAUUCUCAAAGAGGUGCAGAUAAUGCGCCAGCUGGACCACCCCAACAUCGUCAAGCUCAUCGACUUCUCCGAGUCUCGCCAAUACUACUAUCUCGUCCUGGAGUUGUGCCCUGGAGGCGAGCUUUUCCACCAAAUCGUCCGCCUGACCUACUUCAGCGAGGACCUAUCACGGCACGUCAUCCAGCAGGUGGCCAAAGCGUUACAGUAUCUGCACGAAGAGGCAGGUGUUGUCCAUCGUGACAUCAAGCCAGAGAACCUUCUAUUCUACCCCACCCCCUUUGUCCCCACCCGCAACCCGAAGCCGCGGGGCCCUGAUGACGAGGACAAGGCGGAUGAGGGUGAGUUCGUCAAGGGUGUAGGUGCUGGCGGUAUUGGUCUGAUCAAGAUUGCGGAUUUCGGUCUGUCAAAGGUCAUCUGGGACAGCCAGACUAUGACGCCAUGUGGCACAGUCGGUUACACUGCCCCUGAGAUCGUAAAGGAUGAGCGGUAUUCCAAGAGUGUUGACAUGUGGGCACUGGGAUGCGUCUUGUACACACUUCUUUGCGGUUUCCCGCCAUUCUACGAUGAGUCGAUUCAGACGCUUACCGAGAAGGUCGCACGCGGCCAGUAUACCUUCCUGUCACCGUGGUGGGACGACAUCUCCAAGCCUGCUCAGGACCUGGUUUCACAUCUCUUGACCGUUGACCCCGAAAAGCGAUACGACAUCAACCAGUUCCUGAAUCACCCCUGGAUGCGGGAAGCGGAUGAACUUACAUACGCAGCACACGACGCACCACCGCUAGCCACCCCGGCACUUCGCGAAAAGCAGGCUUCGUAUGAGGGAGGAAGCGGUGGAGACCCUAUGCGACAGAACUUUGCUUACCUAGAGUCACCGGGGGCGAGGCGGAUGGACUUCCGUUCUCCAGGUGCUGUCAACCUGCGAGAAGUGUUUGACGUUGGGUACGCGGUGCACCGACAAGAAGAGGAGGGCAAGAGGAGAAAGAACUUCAAGCAAGGCUACCGGGGCGCAAACGCCAUCAACUCUCUCAACGCACUUGACGAGGACGAGGAUGAUGAGUUCACGGCCGAGUCGGUUCCGUACGACGCAUCACAACAACACCCUCCGGCGAAGCUGCCCAAGUCGCAAGCAUCAGACGUCUCCGCCAUGGAGCAGAAGAUGCGCAACACAUCCCUAUCCGCCGCCGCCCAAGCACGGCAAACCGCCGCACCGGUACGUCAAGAGCGCGGCUACGGCCAGCACUCGCCCGCCGUCGCCGCCGCCGCCAAGCGCCAGGUCAAGAACAAGGGCGCCUUCGAGCUCAGCCUGGACAACGCCACGCUGCUCGGCCGAAGACACAAGAAGCCUGAGCCCAGCGGCCUCCGCGAGCAGCUCUCGACAUGACAACCAGCCCUCAGCAGGGAUUGGUAAUGUUGACGUUUUUGCUCGUUCAUGAAAGAUGCAUGGGAUAUGAUGGGCGGCGUUUGAGAACUUUUCCUUUCA